UUAUGUUCCAUUCUCAAUUCACGUUGGCUUGCAAAUAACAUUUUUUAAAAAAUAUUUUAGGGCCUUUAUUUAAAAACCUUUAAUAUAAAACAGCUACAAUCCAUGAUGUUUUUCCUGAAUUAUAAAGAAAACUGAGUCCAUACAUAGUACUUUAAAAGGAAUCCCAGAUCUUUGUUGCUGUUGAAAAGACAUAAAAUUUUGUGGAAAGAUGUGUAAUGGGGCCAAUACUAAAGAGAUUUUUCCCAGCCUACAUAAGUGAAAAGUGGCUUGGAGAAAAAAUAGUUCUCUGCUACAUAAUGUAUGUGGUCCCUCCUCCAAAGAAUAUGCACCCUCCUCCAGCCUCUUGUCACUUGCUUAAAUCACUAUGAAUGAUUAAAAAGUAUAAGAUGUUUUCCCUUAUCACUGUCUCCCUUAAGAGUACCCAAAAGGCCCAGUAAAGGCAAGCCUUGUAUUUUAGGCCUGAAUUGCGUAAGCCUCCCAAGUACAGGAACUCUAUUUCUGCUUUAUUUUUAACUCACCACAGUGCCUGCUUCUUGGGAAUUCCAAGACAAUCUGCUUGCAGGAGACUUUCAGUUAACUGCUAUGGAUCACGAGGAGCAGGAAGCAGUGAUUAACGCAUACCCUGAAUUACUACUGACUUAGACUUUCAUUACCACCUUAAGUUUGUAUGUCAAAUUUGUUACCUUUCACAUUUUUCAGCCAAGGCAGUCAAUACCUUAGGUAGCCAAUUCCUUUUAAGUGGCUACUAAAUGGUCUCUGCCCCCAAGUUAGGCCAGGUGGGAAAGGGUAAAUUCAUAACUCCCCCAGGAAUAAGCAAGAAAACAGUGCAGUAAGAAGUACUGGUCAGACGAAAGACACCGAAUCACCCCGGUGCAGACAGGCAGCCACCUGGUUCCACACUACAAAGACGCAGAGGACACCAGACCACCAGACCAAGGUUCUAAAUUGCCCAGGCUGGCCUUGAAACUGCAGUCAUCCUGCCUCAGCUGGAUGGAUAGCUGGGAUUAUAGGCAUACACCACUACGCCCACCGAAAGUCCAAGUCUUCACAAUGGCCUAGGUUGUCUUCUGCAGAUGCCACAUAAAGCAGACCAUCAUGAAACACACUAGCUCUAAGAAACAUGCACUGAAGGAGGUAGAGAAGACUUUCCUACAGUUAGAAGGUUGCAAGUGGGCCAAGUCCCCUGGAGAAGCCAAGUUCCUCGGGAUGGAGGAGGCCCCCAAGGCGGCUGAGCCUUGUGUGCUGACCAAUCCCAUGAGCAGGACCCAGUCCCGUGAGCAGGACCCAGACGAGGGCCACUCCCUGCUGCAGGUACCCUGGACGGCUGUCUGGUCAGCGUCCAUGAUCAUGUUCUCUGCCCUGCAGUCCAGCUGGCAAAUGUGCCGAUGGAAGAUGCUGAGGAUACCGAAGAACCAGGUUUGCCCAGACUUGGCGACCACAGACAACAGGCAUUGUUGGUUCUGUGUCCUGAGGAGGGUGAAGUCAUCCGUCAGCUCCGCCUCCAUUUCCCCCCAAGUGAGGACCUCGUCCCCCCUGGACACACCCGAGGCUGAGCUGCUUCGAGAGGUGUACCUGGUGCUGUGGGCCAUUCGGAAGCAACUUAGGCAUCUGGCCCACAGGCAGGAGAGGCGCAGAAGGCACCACCACAUCAGGGCCAACUCCUCUGCUUUGGCUGAACCAGUGCUGGAACUGAAGCAGGACGCUCGAAGUCCCCUCUAAAGGACCCCCAGAUCCUCAGAAAGUCCCUGCCUCACCUUAGCAAAAUAAAAAUGAUAAAUGGGCUUGGGAUGUAGCCCAGUGCAAAGAUCUCGCCCUUGUGCUUCA